CGGCGGCCGUGAAUCCCGACAAUCCCGUUCGAUCUCGUCCAACGCCGCGCGACGUCAGCAACGCGUGUCGACGGGACACUCGGGGAUCGAUCGCGUCGUCGCUAUGUCGGCCGUCGCCGCCGGCGCGUUUGACACUAGAGAUCGUUGCGUCAGUCCGCGCUAACGAGGCCGUCGCCGCGGCGCCGCGACGAGAGUCGCGCGCGCGCCUCUUGCCCGCGACAACAGCCAGGACGAUGGGGUUAGGCUUCCGAUGGCGCCUCGUGUUCCUCCUGCUCCUCGGCCUGCUGCUCUGGCAGACCUCCAAGAUCUGGCUCGCGUUCCUGCAGGACGGCGCCGUCACGCCAGAACUUGAGGUGGACCAAGCGGCGACGCCGCUGAGCGAGGACGGCCCGGCUCCCCAGAAAGUGCACGUGGCCGUCUAUUACGAAGCGUUAUGCCCGGACUCGCGCAGCUUUGUUUUGAAACAAUUAGGCCCGACGUAUCGCAAGCUCCUGGCAAACAUGGAGAUCCAACUGGUACCGUACGGUAAGGCGAAGACGACAAAGACGAACGAUGGGUACCAGUUCGUGUGCCAGCACGGGCCGAUCGAGUGCCAGGCAAACAUCGUGCACGCUUGCUCCAUCGACGUCAUUGAGGACCCAUCGGUGCGACUGCAAUUUGUGGCUUGCAUGAUAGAGAAUAACAUUGACCCGAUAGGAAUAAUGAAUACGUGCGCCAGGCGCAUAUCCGUGGACCUGGACUCCCUAAAGGAGUGUACGAAUACCGAAAGGGGGAAGGAACUCUUGGCAAAGUACGGGGAGAUGACCAAUUCCCUUGCACCGCGGGUGUCUUUUAUACCGACGAUUACUCUCGACGGGAGCUCCGAACACCAGGUGAGGAUACUGAAAAACUUGUUCAAGGAGGUGUGCCUGCGUUUCAAAGUUACACCAAAAGAGUGUGCAUCGUGAGAGCACGCAUUGUUCGCCGCUAGCAAAGACAUAUCUACGUAAUCAUCGAAUUUUGUUAUUAUGUUACACGAGUUUAAAAAGAAAAGGUGACAUGUGGAAAAUAUAGUAUUUUUCAACAAAAGACAAAAAGGAAAAUUGUUGCCCCUUCUUCUGCUUCUCGGUAAGGCACGUUACUUUACGUUAAUUGCCGGAGGCGUAAUCAGACGAAAAUAACACGCAUUUAUCUCUCGAUGUAGGCGCAUAAUUGCACAGAAUGGCGCAGUUGUUAAGUUGGCUCGUAAUCGCGUAUGUACAAGAGAUAUCCCGUGGUUGUCUUUUUUUUCCCGCACACAUCAGAUGUACUUGGUCGUUAUUGUUUUCUUGUCGGGGAGAUAAAAUCGCUUGUAUUAUAGAUAAACACCAGUUUGCUCCCAUAUAAGUAUAUAGGAACAAUUUAUUAACUUAAUAUCAACACUUUAUACAAACUGUGCCGCUUUAUUUAUGUACGACAAGAAGUGAAGAACGCCUUUGAGAUACGGCAGAGAAUAUACUUACAUACACUAGAAACAAUUUUCGAAUUAAAAGUUUGAGAAAUCAAGGAGCGUUUAUAAAUCGAAUUACUACGUUGAAAGUAAUAGAAAGAAACAAAGGAGCAUUGAGUCUGUCGUUGGAAAUAAUCUGAUAGAAAAGGAAUCUCCUCACUUUGCAACGUACAACGUUCUCACCUUGUUUGUAGCGCAACUUGCUCAUAUUAAAAACUUUUACGUUCGUAUGUACACAUACAAAUAAAUACAACGUUUCCUUAGAAGCAGGAUGUGUCUUGGUACCUCCGCAAAUACGGUAUAAACGAUUUGUUUGUUUUUUUUUAAG